CUGGCAGUAGUAUAUCAACUAUCAGGGAGCCGUCGUUGCAAACUCGCGAUGCCUGUGCGUCUAAUAUCACUGCAGCCGCCCGCGGUUAUAUUGAGCACAGCAUACGCGCUGUACAGAGCUACUUGUAUUUAUGUAUAAAAGGAGCGUACACGCAACGUAUAUUUGGUAGUUUUUGGCCGCGCAGGACAGCGGCGGCGCUUAGUCACUAAUAAGUAAAUAUUUAAUUCGCCUCUCUCGUCGGAUCGCGACGAGUGACUCGACGACGACUGCCUGUGUGUUGCCCACUGGGCACUGGCUACUGCGGGACCGUGAUUGGCACAGACUGGCCAGCUACGCAUGCGUCACAAACGAGAGUUCAAAACGCAGCUCGCAGUCAGGGUCCAAUUUGAAUUCUUGCACGGUCGCUUUUUCUUCCGUCAUCUUGGCAGCUAAGUAUAUAAAGGCGAUUUUAUACUUUACUGAAAAUUACUUGAUAUUCAUGCGAUCCGGCUACCAAAGCUGUACCAAAGCCUCGUUGUUUUCAGAAUAUAUAUGUUGUACAUAACUACUACAGCGUUGCGCACAACAUACGCCAGACGCGCUGAAGGUACAACUGUGAUACUAAUGAACUCCGUGAGCUGCCGGACGCCGGUAGGCGGUAGUCGGUACACAGGUACACUGCAGGCUGUGGCGACAUCUAUUGGUAUUCAAGAAUGGGAUACGCGCAUACGCCAGCGUCUCGUUGCUGCUACUUAUGCGUGACGUCGGGAGAGGCGAAGAAAAAGUGUUGCGCAGCGCGCUUAUAAGUAGCAGUGUAGCAGUCGCCAGAGCGGAUUCACGCGCGCUCACAGCCAUUCUCGCAGUCAAGGUUACGAUGACAGGGAUCCUACUUUUUAAAUGCUAAUGGACGGCAUUUGAAUAUUUAGGUUUAUCAGGUCAUCGCAGCUUCCUGCCACUGAAUACGAGAUAUCUGACACAGCAACGGAGUAUACAAGAUGCUGGCUGUUGGUAGAAGACUGUGCAACGCACUCAAAGAGGAGCUACUCAGUGUUCGCUCGCACUACACGAACAUGCAGAUAGCUCCGCUACAGAGGACUGCCCUGGAGGAGAGGUGUAUCCUUGUAGACGAGCUCGACAGACCCGUUGGGGAAGCUACGAAGAAGCACUGUCACCUCAUCGCCAAGGAUGGAAGUAUACCUCUGCAUAGAGCAUUCAGCGUCUUUCUUUUCAACGGCAAGGGUGAUUUGCUGAUCCAGAAAAGAUCGGCAACAAAGAUCACUUUUCCCGGAUUCUAUACAAACACUUGCUGUAGCCACCCGCUAGCUGAGAUUGGAGGUGAAAGCGAAGAAACUGAUGCUCUUGGAAUUCGGAGAGCUGCUCAAAGAAGACUUGGCUACGAAUUGGGCAUUCCAAUCAAAGAAGUUCAGCCCCAAGAUUUUACCUACCUAACUAGAAUACACUAUCAAGCACCAGGCAACGACAUCUGGGGAGAGCAUGAAAUUGAUUAUGUUCUCUUUCUGCAAGUGAACAAGAUCACGCUUGACCCAAAUCCAGAUGAAAUCAGUGAAAUCAGAUGGAUUUCCAAAAGUGGCAUUAGCGAAUUUUUGAAGUCCAUUGAUUCUCCUUUGACUCCCUGGUUUAAAUUGAUACUAGAGCACCAAUUGCCAGUGUGGUGGAACAAUUUAGACAGGCUGCACGAAUUUCAAGACCAUUCAACCAUUCAUCGCUUUUCUUAAAUAUUACAAAUAAAUUGCGUUAUUUAUAUUAAUAUUGAUAUUGAUUUCUUAGAGAGAUUUAGCGUUUUAACGAACAUUGUUUUUGAAAAUUUCUUUUCUUGCAAAGCGUUAUUUUGUGUAAGUUACAUGACAAGCUAUUAUGGUGCUAAUUUGUUUAAUGCUUUUGUAAUUUGUUUUUUUUUUUUAUUUUUAAAGAAGAUGUGAGUGCAAAAGCAGUUUAAGUCAACAAAUCUCUCUGAGGAAACUUUUCGCCAAAGAUUUGAUUGGCGAUGAUUUUGUUGAUAGGGGCAUUAUAAUUUUGCAUAUACCUAUAUCGAAGUAUCGAUAAUAUUAAUUGAUUUUUUCAUUACUAAUUUACACUGUAAACAAGAUUAUCACCUAUAAUUACCAUUAUUUUUGUUAAAUUUUUGCAGUGAAAAAAUUGUGUUGGAAAAAAUGAAAAGAAAAAUGUUAAUCCUGUAUAUUUUUGUAAAAUAAGAUUAUCUAUAUUAGCGUGAACCGUUUGACAUACAUAUAUACAUGUAACUUUUAUAUUAUGAAUUCAUUAAUAAAAAUAAUUACAAAGUCCAAAA